UAUCAUGAGUGGGUGCCCGUUUUUAGGAAACAGUGUGGGAUAUUCUUUGAAAAAUUUAUCUAUAGAAGACAGUGAAGAAGACAAAGCUCAAAAUGGCGUAAACAGAGCCAGCAGAGGCGGGCUUAUCUACGGGAGUUACCUGCAGUUGGAAAAAAUUUUGGAUGCACAAGAACUUCAAAGUGAAAUAAAAGGAAAUAAAAUCCAUGAUGAACACCUUUUUAUCAUAACCCACCAAGCUUAUGAACUCUGGUUUAAACAAAUCCUCUGGGAACUCGAUUCUGUUCGUGAGAUUUUUCAAAACGGUCAUGUCAGGGAUGAGAGGAACAUGCUCAAGGUGAUGACCCGGAUGCACCGCGUGGUGGUUAUCUUCAAGCUCCUGGUGCAACAGUUCUCUGUGCUGGAAACCAUGACGGCCUUGGACUUCAACGACUUCAGAGAGUACCUAUCUCCAGCAUCGGGCUUCCAGAGUUUACAGUUCCGACUGCUAGAGAAUAAGAUAGGCGUUCUUCAGAGCUUAAGAGUCCCUUACAACAGGAGACAUUACCGCGAUAACUUCGGAGGCGAGGCCAAUGAGCUGCUGUUGAAAUCAGAGCAGGAGCAGACGCUGCUGCAGCUGGUGGAGGCAUGGCUGGAGAGAACACCUGGAUUAGAGCCAGAUGGAUUUAAUUUCUGGGGAAAGUUUGAAGAAAACAUCCUGAAAGGCCUAGAAGAAGAAUUCCUAAGGAUACAGGCUUUGGAAGAAUCAGAAGAGAAAGAGGAGCAGAUGGCUGAGUUCCGGAAACAGAAAGAGGUUCUCCUGUGCUUGUUUGACGAGAAGCGCCAUGAGCACCUCCUAAGCAAAGGUGAGCGACGACUGUCAUACCGGGCACUCCAGGGAGCACUGAUGAUCUAUUUUUACAGGGAGGAGCCCCGGUUCCAGGUCCCUUUCCAGUUGCUGACCUCGCUGAUGGAUAUAGACACGCUCAUGACCAAGUGGAGAUAUAACCAUGUGUGCAUGGUGCACAGGAUGCUGGGCACCAAGGGUGGCACUGGGGGAUCCUCAGGCUAUCAGUACCUACGCUCAACUGUGAGUGACAGAUACAAGGUGUUUGUCGAUUUAUUUAACCUCUCAACAUACCUGGUUCCUCGACACUGGAUACCAAAGAUGAAUCCUAUCAUUCACAAAUUCCUCUACACAGCCGAGUACUGUGACAGCUCUUACUUCAGCAGUGAUGACUCGGAUUAAAGUCUUCUCAGCGUCUGGGGAAACUGCAGUCUCCUUUGUCCAUCUUUUAUAAGUUUUUAUGAAUACAUGUUUGGAGUAAUAUUUAUAUAUGUAGUUCAGUGACAUGGUGUUCUGGCCCAAUCUUGGAAACAAUCUUAUAAUUUUGUUUAUUGUGGUGAUGCAAGAUUAAGCACUAUGAUAAGAAAUAAUUCAUCAAAGCAGUAGCAUCAUCAUACAUAUGAUGUAUUCCUGCUAAAACUCAAUGUACCCUAAGACUUACUCAAUAGAACCACUUUAAAUAA